AUGGAACAAAUCCGUGAAAACUUGAAUGAGAUGAGGACAGGAAUGGGGACUAACAUGGGUCAGUGUAUGGAGGCUAUUCAAACCCUUGCUCUUAGACAAGAAGAGUUGAGACAGGUUCUUCAGAGGCCAGUUACGGAUGGUAUUCCCACCCCGGGAGAAGGUCUUGUGAAUCAGAAUGUCAGAAAUGUUGUUGAAAUUCGUAUUCCUGCUCAGGAGAAUGCACAUCAUGAGAACAACUUAGAACCUGAAGCCUUCAGGUUCCCGAUUAAUGAAAUUGACAAAAGGUUCCACCUCUUGGAGAAAAGGUUGAAAGCUAUAGAAGGUCGUGAUUCCAUUGAUUUAGAUGCUGAUGGGUUGUGCCUAGUCCCUGGUGUCAAGAUUCCUGUUAAGUUCAGAGUCCCUAACUUCGAGAAGUACAAGGGAACCACUUGUCCGUUGACUCACGUGAAAGCAUUUUGUAACAAAAUGGCUCCUUAUGCUGAGAAUGACAAGCUAUUGAUGCAUUUCUUUCAGGACAGCCUCAGUGGUACAUCCCUCGAGUGGUACACUCAACUUGAACGAACUCAUGUCCGAACUUGGAAAGAAUUAGCAGAAGAAUUCGUCAAGCGAGAAUACGCCCGACGAUGGAGAGAACUGGCUGCCAGAGUUCAACCUCCACUAUUAGAACAAGAGCUCAUGGGUAUGUUCAAGGAUAUGUUGGAAGGUCCAUACUACCAAGGCUUGAUUGGUGCUUCUGAAUUUGCAGAAUUGGUUUUCGUCGGCGAACGAAUUGAGAACGGUCUUAGGAAUGGUAAUAUCCAAGAUGUUGAUGAUCUUUUUGAAUUCCCCAGGCGUGUGGAUGGAAGAGCCAGUGUAAUUCUUGUGUAUGAAGAGGAGUCUCUUAAUCAUCCUCUCGAUCAGAUCUCUUGUAAUGAAAUGGAAGCGAUUAUUUCUAUUCAGGAUGACCCACAAACCUGUGCUACAGCUCCCAGUCAUCCACCUACUCAGUUUGUCCAAAGGGAGCCGGUUUUGCAUGAUCAAUCAGCUCAGUAUGCGCCGCCAUGGCGGAACCAUCAACAAAAUCAUCACCAGCAGGGUAGACAGAGGCGUAGAAAGCCAAAAAGAGCAUAUGAUGCCAUUCCUAUGACUCAUUAUGAGCCAUUAUCUGGAUUGCUCAAACUUUCCUUGGUGGAACCAAAGCAGUUGGAUCCUGUUUCUUUCCCGUAUCCUGAGGGAUUUGACCCUGAUGUCAGUUGUGGCUACCAUGCCGGGGCACCUGGUCAUUCGACUGAAGAUUGUCAGCCAUUCAGAGACAAGGUUCAAGACCUAAUUGUUGCAAAGGCUAUUGCAUUCGCACCUGAAGACCAGAAUUGA